GUUUGCAUAUUAUCUUCCUCCUGCUGCGACCGUCGGGCCAUCUGCUCCUCCUCCAUAGACCUUACACUCGCUGUCUAUCGCCCGCCACCCUUCGCCAGGACCACUACUCGCUACCUGUUCGACCCAUCGCUUCACUGUACCAUAUACCAGAAGCACUAAUACCUUACCUUACACCUUAAUCAACAACCCACCACCACCACAUCUUCGACAACAUGCGUUACGCCAUUGCCCCCAUUGCCCUCGCGGCCGUCGCUGCUGCCGUUGCAGUUCCUCAAGGAGUCACCGAGGACAUCACUCCGUCGACCUCUGCUCCUGCCGGCUGCUCGGGCGACUACCCAGGCACUUUCCAGAUCCAGGUCGUCAACGUGACCACCCCUGCCAAGCAAAAGCGACAGGGCGGUGGUGCUUUGAUCCUCACUCUCUCUGGCGGUGUUCUCAAGGAUGCUCAAGGACGCACUGGCUACAUCGCCGCCAACCGUCAAUUCCAGUUCGAUGGCCCUGCCCAAACCGGCGCUAUCUACACUGCCGGAUGGUCUGUCUGCCAAAACAACACCCUCGCCAUCGGCAACGAUGUUGUCUUCCAGCAAUGCUUGAGCGGUACCUUCUACAACCUGUACGACGAGGCCACUGAAGAGCAGUGCACUCCCAUCUACAUCGAGGCUAUCAACGCUGGCGGUGCCGCUUCUGGUGCUGCUUCCGUAAUGCCCGAUGGCCAACCUACUGCUUCUCCUCAGCCAGUCAACCAGAUCGGAGAUGGUCAACCACAAGCCAGCACAGGAGCUGUCACACAAAUUGGAGAUGGUCAGAUUCAAGCCCCAACCGGCACGCCUGUCAUGGAGAUGAGCGACGGCCAAAUCACUGCUGCCACUGGUGCUCCUGUCACCCAGAUCGGAGACGGUCAGAUCCAGGCACCAACCACCACUGGAGCUCCUGUCACCCAAAUUGGUGAUGGCCAGAUCCAGGCACCAACUGCCGCUGCAACCUCUUCCGGUUACGUCGUCAGCCAGAUUCCUGAUGGCCAGAUCCAGGCUCCUACCAACGCCACCAAGGUCUCUGCUACUCCAUCCGUCAUGCCAUACACUGGUGCCGCCACCAUCCCCACCAUGCGCAGUGAGCUGUUCGGCCUUGCUGCCGGUGUCCUCGCCAUUGCCAUGCUUUAAGCAUCAGGCUUCGACAAGACUGCAUUUAUUCCAUGAAGCAUGUGGAAACACAUGUGGCUGUGAUCCUCUACGGAUCUCAUUCAUACAGGACGGCUACGGAUUAUAGCAUGAAAGUUUGGUUUACGAUUUCGACAUGUGCAUAUGAACAAUUCUUGGGGAGGAGAAACACAGCGACCCGUGCCUCAGUACGACUUUUUGCAAGUCGGGAAAGGGAGGAGUGAAUAUGGCAUGGCCUAUAAUGUUUUAGAGAACACAGUCGGGUGAUCCGACAGCAAGCGUUUGGAGAAGCGCGGAGUUUGAGAGGGCCUGUUCUGACAUUGUCUGCCACAGUUGGUGCAUGCUUUGUCUGUUUUUUGCAUUGCAUGGCAUUGCGCCGCGGAGAGUCGCGUCUGCAUAUUUGCAUUCUUUGUCACAUAGUUGUGGUUGAUGUUGCCAGGAGGGAAGAUUAUCCAAGAGGAAGAU